CGCGGCUCCCGUGACACCAGGCCGCCGGCCGCUGCUCGCUGACGGAGCGCGCGCAUUCUCGUGGGUGUGCUGGACAGUUGAGGAGUGCGCCAGGCGUGCGCCGGUGUUCCGGCGCGGUGUUCGGCGCGGCGGGAUCGGCGACGGUCGGCCAAAUAGGCCGCAACGGCUCGUGGAGCGAUCUGCUACACCAACUGGACGCGUGAGCUAACGUCGCCCGUGCAAGGUGGUGCGGCUCGGACCCCGCCGCCGCCCUGCCGCCCGUCCGCUCGCCAUGGCCGAUCUGCUCAACAUGGACCCCAUGGCGGAGGCCUGGCUGCUGCCGACCCAGAUGCUGAUCGCCAUCAACAGCAACGACCAGUCGCGCGCGGCGCAGGCGCUGGAGGAGGGCCUCGACUGCGACCACCGCUUCAACUGCGGCUCCAAGUUCCAGCCGGCGCUCAGUCUGUGCAUCGAGCGCGGCCGAACGGAGAUCGUGCAGCUGCUGAUCUCCCGCGGCUGCUCGGUCAGCCAGCCGGACUCAGGCGGCUCGAGCCCGCUGCACAGCGCCGCCUACAGCCAGCGCGUCGGCGUGACGCGGCUGCUCCUUCGUCACGGCGCCAGCCCCAACACGCGUGACGCCUUCACGCGCACGCCGCUGCACGUGGCGGCCGAAAACGGCUCGUUGGAGAUCGUGCGGCUGCUGGUGCAGGCCGCGCUGCAGCUGGCGGCGGCCGGCGGACACGCCGACCUGGUACGCCUGCUGCUGGUGCACGGCGCGGCACCCGGUGCCGCUGACGUGCUCGGUCACGCCGAGCGCACCAUCGAGCGGCUGCCACUGCCGCCGCGGAUCAAGGGCUACCUCCUGUUCGCCGAGUAG